AAAACCUCAAAGACUCGAUGUGGUUGCAAGCCAUGCCCAGAUGGUUAUUACCAAAACCAAACUUUGUCGAAAUGCCUUCCUUGCUCAGGAUGUUGUUUAGGUGAUUUGGAUGUAGUUGUCCCACAAUGUCUGAUCCAAGGUAUGCCUCGAACCCAUUCAUGUAGCUACCACAAGAGAAAACCUUGUAUACCAAAGUGCUGGUAUGAUGAGAUCAUGGUUAUAAAGCAUGAUGGCAAACAGAUCUGUCUACCCUGUCCUGUUUGUUCCGACGAAUUUGGCCUUACCAAACCGUGUGGAAGUGUUGUUACUGAUGGUGCGAUACCCAAGUGUGAACUUCCGAUCUUAGGAAAAACGUUCGUUGACCAGCAGGGUGUUCUACAGUCUUGCAAAGUUUGUUCGAUCGGUCAGAAGGUUUUAGCCAACUGUUCUGCCAAAUCUAAUACCAUUUGUGGUGAGUGCAAGCCAGGUUUUUAUCUGAAUGACCACUUGAAAACUUGUGAAGAGUGCCUCUGGUGCUGUGGGUAUAGCGACAGUCGAAGUAUUGUGGACUGUAUCAAACAAGGAAUGGCGUUUUCAGAGGAAUACCGAGGGCUCGCUAUUGAGCCUCCUGUUUCAUCUUUGGGCUUAAAUGAACAAUUUGCGCAGCUGCAAACCGUAGAAAAAGGAAACUAUGAAGUGAAAUCAUUAGAAUUUGACGAGGUGGUAACAUUAAUUCUAAUAAGCCUAUGCUUCUUUUUGGUUUCGGUUGGCAUCUCUUCAAAAAGAAUACCAAUAUUGGAAAGCAAUGACCAUUGUCCAUUUCCAAUUGAGGGAAACGAUUGUCAGCUAACAGGAAAGAAGGAAUCUUCUGAGAGUGGUAGUGAGGAGCCAAAGUUGGAGAGCCCAAAACAACAUAGCCCAGGUCAUAUGUUAUUUGAAAAUACAGGAGUUGAGGUUGUUACUCUUGAUAGCAAGAAGUCUGCCCAUCAACACUUGCCAAGAGAUUUGGUACUGCAUGCCACAUCGGAUGAGCUAGAUUUCCCUGGAUUACUUGAGGAUGAUGAAUUUGCACUUAGUCCAGCAAUAAGGUUUAUAAUAAGUGGCAGUUUGAUGGGACCACUUGAGCUUCUGAUACCUCAUAGUGCAAACAUGGUGCUAUCUUCCAAUAAGUGGAAAAUCAUAUUGAAGGAGUUGAAAAACAAUGAAUGGGUAGUUGUGAGUUAUGUGAAGGGUAGUGGAAUUGAAGAAUUUCUCCCCAAGAACAACCAUAUUAGCUUUGAGACAGAUCAUUUUGCAACAUUUGCAGUGGUUGGGCACUGUAAAGAACGAUCUUUACCAGUAUUCAAAAGAAUGAAGGUCAUGGCAUUCUGUAAUAAAACCAGAGUUGGAGAAGACCUUGUCGUGAGGCUGUACUGCUUUGAUGAUUGUGAGUGGUCAUUUGAGGAUCUUUUGAGGAAGGAGCAAAAGAACGGAGGAAAGCCCAUGUCAUCAGUUGAAUCUCUUGAUUUUUCUGUCAUACGUGGAGAGGAUGUGAAUGUUGGUGUAAAGGAUAUCGAUGGCUGGAAGCUGGAGAGUGGUCACCCAAUGAAAAUCAGCUAUGCAUCUCUGAAGAACUCUUUCAGUUCUACUCCCGGAUGCAAUCUGGUAUUUAGCCCAACAUCCAACAAAAAGAAAAGCGGCUUCUUCGCCACUAUUGUUUUGACUCAGGCAUCCUAUCCAACUUUAAUUUAUGCAAGCACUGCUAUAGAGGGGGUACAUUCAGAGGAUCCAAUCCAGAAAAAAAACCAGAGCUUUUUUCUAAAUGCUGUAAAUGAGGGAGAACAAGUCACAAAUGUGGCAGAUCUCACUGAUACGAAAAGUGGAAAGGGAAAAGAACAAAACUCCGGAGACUGCAUCAUUCAGCUGCAAGCUUGAUACUCGACCAGACGACGGGUUCCGAAACGUGGACUCCUGCCUUCAUAAACCGGGGAGGCAUUACAUUGGGUACACGCCCUUUUGUUUUGAUUCAAUCGUCUGAACAAGACUAAGAACCAAGAUAUAGUGUAGAUGACAUAUUUUUCACAAGUUUUUUAAAAAGGGUAAACGUAAAGUUUAAAGAUUAUAAGAUAUGUUAGCGAAUCUUUAGAUCUGAAAUUCCCUCAUCUCCUGACAAGAAACUAAUUGAAAUGAUUCAUUCAUUAGUAAUUAAUGCCUUUGAAAGCAUAACGGAUAUUGUUUUUUUGUUGUUGUUGUUUUUUUUUUGGUACUGAAUGAAGGAUAUCAGAGAUUAUACAGCUUAAGCUGGUAACUUUCAGGCAUUAUGUACAAAGUACUAUGCUCACUUUUAUUAGUGAUGUGUAUAUUUACAGAGAAGUGUUUCCUGUGGGAAACUAGUGUGAUGUAGUAAUGUGCCCAUAGUGAACCAACAGUAAUAAAAAGUGUUCAGUCACUUAU